GGGGUUUUGUCUGUUUUUUGCUCAAUAUUCCAUGAAACAAUAUAAAACUAUUCUCAGGGAGAUCAUAUCGACCCUGAACUCGCCAGGAAUCAAAUCAAAGCCGAUCACCCACAUUUCCACAUAUUGACAUACCCAGACUGAGGUGUAUACACAGAUUGAUCACCUCGUCGGUGCUUAUAGACACAAUUGGUGGGCCAUUCUGUAUAUACUUUUUUAACCUGACAAUCCAAUGGAUGAUUCAGUUCAGUUGCCUAUCAAUAACUACACAAUGGUGCUUAUUCAGUUUGUGUUCAAGGAUGCAUGUGAAUAACUGUAAGUAAAAUUACCAAUCAAUGAUUUCCUGAAAUGGCUCAGAUUGAACCGAACCGGGUGGUGGGAUUUUUUUUUUUUUUUUUCCUUCUUAACUGAAAAUCAGACCUUCCAGUCUUUUACUGGAAAUCAACUACUCGAGAACAUUGGACCAUGUCUAGUCCAUUCCCCGAACUCAAUAACUCCGGCUAAGGCGGGAAUCGAAGUAUCGAACCCAAGACUCCGCUACAACCAGCUAGAGAGCUUACAACUGGGUCAGUUUCAGUUAACACCUUUCUUAUCUCUACUUAUUUGAAGUCUUUGAAGUUUGUCUUUGCUUUUCAACUCCCUAUUACCCUCUCCAAAUUUCUCGGUCACCCCUCUCGUCCCUCGGCGGCCGGCGAAGAUGACCGCGUGGCACCAGGACGGCAACGUGCUAUCACUGUGUAUAGAUCUAUGAAGUAUUUAUCUGAUCCUGGUUUUUAAAUGGGCGCCACAGUCACUCUCGUCUUCCAAUGUACACAAAAACCUAUAAAAAGAUAGAACAAAGGCAUCACUCUGUCUCUAAUAAAUUAAAUUAAAGGUCAAGAUCCUACAUCUGAGACUCUCUUCCCUCCUGUUCACUAUUAUAUGUAGGCUCAGUCAUACAUCCUGUAGUGCAUACAUCCUUUCAUCCUAUCUCUGUCGCAGUGUCGCCAAUGGCCGAAGCUCAUAUACAAACAGAACAAACUCCCGCACAAACCCCUCUCCUUGACCCAGAACAAACACAAGAAGAAGUUGAGAAGGAUACCCAACUCGAUCAAGCCCUCCAACGGUUGGAAACUGUUCUCUGUUUUCUCGGCUUCCACCAGUCCUCUCUCUUGAGCAUUCUUUUCUCUUGGUUCAUAUUUCUUCUUGUGGGUGUUUCAAUCCCGGUCGUGGCACUCCAGAUCUCGCGCUGUUCCGACUGUGAAAGGUACCAGAUCAACAAAUUCGAGCUCCAUAUCCUCGUCUCCGAGGCAUGCCUUGCUGCUGUUUCUCUACUCUGUGUUUCUCACAAUCUUCGCAAAUAUGGUAUUCGGAAGUUUCUCUUCGUUGAUCGGUAUCACGGACAUAUGAGCAGAUUUCGCAAGGAAUACAUCAGGAAGAUCGAGGAUUUUUUUUGCUUGCUUGUUUUAUGGAUGUUACCAUGCUUCCUUCUGAAGACUGCUCGUGAAGUAAUCCGUGCUAUAUACGUGCGUCAUGAAUCCUGGUGGCAAUCUGUUGCUAUCUUUUUGGCUCUGGUUGUGUCAUGGACAUAUUUGACUACAAUAUUCCUAUCUGCCUGCCUUCUGUUCAGUUUAGUAUGCAAUUUGCAAAUUAUCCACUUUGAAGAUUAUGGCAUGCUUCUGGAAAGGAAUCAUGAUGUAUCAGUAUUUAUUGAGGAGCAUAUUCGCCUAAGGCAUCAUCUAUCUAAAAUAAGUCAUAGGUUUCGUAUUUAUCUUCUUCUGGCAUUCUUAGUUGUGACAGCAAGUCAAUUUGUGACACUGCUCCAGACCACAGGAUAUCAUGGAAUCAGUUUUAUCAAUGGGGGAGACUUUGCAGUCUCAUCAAUUGUUCAGGUUGUUGGAAUAGUUCUUUGUUUGCAUGCAGCUGCAAAGAUUUCCCACAGAGCGCAAGGCAUUGCUUCAGUUGCAUCUCGGUGGCAUGCUUUAUUAACAUGCAGUUCUACUGAUGCAUCUCAGUUAAGAGUCUCAAAUAGUAUGGGAAACUUGGAGGCCAGCAACCAAGUUGGUUCAAUAUCAAUAAAUUACUCUGAAAGUGAUUUGGAGUCGGUGGAUUAUCUUCCAUUUUCCACAAAUUCACAAUUGGCAUCUUAUAUGUCCACAUACCAUAAGAGACAAGCCUUUGUCCAAAUAGACCAUAAGACAGCUGCAGGAACAGAUCUCCAGACCAGCUUUCCUUUUUUUCUUCAAACCUUGGAUCUUCCAGCAACACAGUAAGUCUUUGACUGACCUCGGCAUUACCCAACAGCAUUGAGGAAGUGCUCCCACACCUUGGAAGAAACAGAACAGUGGAUACUCAGAUGGUCUGUUGUUUCAGGCAAUAGGCCACAGAGGCCACAAGACGGGUCCAAAAGCUGCAGACCUCUUCUUUAGACUUGUUCUAGUAAGGCACAGGGGCAGCUGAUCUAUUCUAGCUGAUCCAUAUUAAUUGUAAAAUAAGGAGGUUGCUAAUAGGAAUUUCUAGGUUCCCUAGACAACUUUCUUCUUCAAUUUAGCAUAAAAUAAAAUACUCUGAGAUACUUAUUUCUCAUCUCUUCAAGUUGUAUAGAUAAAUACUCUAAUCCAUCUUCUGGUGCUGUUUUUAACUAAUUUCAGUGUUGCCAGUUAGAAAUAUGAUAAAGCUACUGCUCCCUCUUUACAAGAUGGAUUUGUUCAUAAUAAGCAAACAUGCUUGUCUACGUGUACAUGUAUAUACACAUGCGUAGUUAUCCAUAAUUUUUUUCCAUUUAUGAGCAUUGUGAAGUACAUAACCAUGUGAAGCAUUCAUGCUGUAAGUGAUCAUCAUGACAUGUCAGAAUUUUUCUUUUCUUUUCUAUUCUUGUUUUUGUUUUGCUUUGUUUAUCCAUUGAAAACUAGCAUGAAAUCAUCAAUAACAUAGUUAUCUAAUUCCCUAAUAUGCCUCAAAUACCAGUGAAGUAGGAAUAGUUUUAAUGAAUUAUGCCAUCCAUGAAGCAUCUCCUCUUGGAUUCAUGAUAAAGUUGACAAUGAAAUAUGAAGCCGUAACUACGAUCAAGAUGGAUGAAUCUCCUAUUUCAUAUACACUUCUUAUUCCUAAUGUGUGGAGACUGUUUCAAAACAAUGGUUUGUUUAUUCAAGAGGCAUUGUCAGUUUCCCUUGCUGAUUUUUGCUUCAGGGGCUACACACUGGGAGGUAGCCUGUUCCUCCCCCCCCCAAAUACCCAGAACCCCCCAAACCCUGGCUAACCCCUGAAGAUUGGCAUAUCACUGUGACAUGCUUUUGCCUGCACUCUGUUGAUAAGGAGAUCUAUUCUCUAACAUUCCCCUUUCCCCUUUUCAUUUAUCUCUCGUUUCUAUUUGUGCUAAUGGAGUGAUGGAUAUCUUCUUGAUCCAAGUAUAGGAUGACACUGUGAGUUUUAUGUAGAAGAUUAGCCAUCCUUCCCAAUCAUUGAAAUGUCUUCUCAAAAGAGGGUUCCAUUGUGAACCUCAAAAGAGUCCCUGAUUAAAGCCUCCAAGUUAGCUUCUGCCAUGGAAAGUGAGGGGAAAAUCUCCACAAGUGGUUGGGUCAUUACAUCACUUGUCCUUCCAUAGCCUAACCCUUGAUCCCUUGAUCCCUUGCCUAUUUUGCAUCCAUUUCCCUUUAUGUAUAACCCAUAAGUAAGCCUUCUCAGAUCCUUUUCCACACCAUACAACCAUAAGAGGAAAUAGACCCAAUUGGAGUCUUCAGGAAUGAGGAUGGGAAUGUAUUAGCUAUUUUCUCAGGCCCAAUUGGAAAAGGUGACUCUCUCAGGGCUGAGACCUAGCAGCUUUGGAAGGAAUCCAAAGAGCUAAAGAAUUGAAUAUUAGUAAGUUGGUAAUUGAAGGCGACUUGGAGGUGGUAGUAGGUUGGUUAAAGGAAGAAAAAGAUUGGAACAUGGAUUUACACUUACAGCAAUGAAAAGAAAAAAUUUAAUUGGCUGAUCAAGGACAUUGAGAUAAAGUGCAGCUGGGUGAAAAGAAGUGCUGACUCAUUUGCUGAUGGGUUCGCCAAGCAAGGGGUGAAUAGGGAAUCCUUGUUCUGGGAUCACUUCUAAUUAGGUUUUACUUAUAUUUCUUUUGGUGGCCUCUGCCUCAUUUGGGGGAGUUAAGACAGUUUAUCCCCCCCCCCCCCGUUGUACUUAAAAUUUCUCAAUGAUUAAUGUAUGUUAUUUGAAAAAAAGAGGAAAUAGACCCACCUAGAUUCCAAUCAAAAUUUCUUGUAUCAUAUUUUGAAACAAUGGCAUGCCUCCAAAGACUAUCACAGAACCUCUGUAGCUACCUAGCAAGGCAAUUUUGAAUGUCCUAAGAUUUCACACUCCCAGAGCACCUUCCUUCUUAGGAAUGUGUAAGUAUUCAAUUUCUAGAGUUUCAUGUGCAAAUUGCAAGAGUUCUAUGUUGCCUAAGGAAAUGAAUCGUGUUGAGCUACUUUUAUUAAAGGUAUCAUGUGCUUGUAGCGAGAUUUGUAGAAGUUCCUCUAUCCUAGGGAUCUUUCUCAUUUCUGGUUAAACUAGGUUCCUCUGUCUUGUCAGAUCUCCUCUCCUGUUCAGUGUUCCAGCAUAAAAUAAUAGCAUGUAUUGUGUUUUUAACUCGGGCACUUGCAAAUAUAUCGGUGGACAUUGUAGUAUCUUAAAAGCUUGGCAUCUUCCAUUGUUAGCAAGUAUUUUGUAUGCAUAGUAUGUUCUUCCACAUCCAUGGUAGUCACAGUGGUCUUGUCAGGACUAUGGCUCAAGGUUGAAAUACACUGAAUUACAAUUAUGCAUCUUUGUUGUCUUCCCAUGUGGGGAGACAUUAUACGGACAGAUUAAUUUGUCCUAUAUGAGGAAUUCUUCAUUCCCACCUCUUUCUUAAAUCAAACUUCAUAAUGAUGGUUGGAUUAUUUGUGGCUUGCACUUACUUAGACAAGAGUGAAUCCUUCUAGUGAACUUCUGUCUGAUUCAUCAUUUGAUAUUCUGUAUUUUUAGAAGAUGAUAUUCUAGAUAUCAUGUACCACCAUUAAUCGCUUUCUCAGCCAGGAAUUCAAUCAUUCAUCACCAGGGAUGUGAUAUGUUUGUAGUGUUAUUGUCAAUUAUCUACAUAUAUAUUUUGCUAGAUAGAAUCGAUAUAUUCUCCUCUUCCAUCAAUGUUGUGCUUACUUGACACACACUAUG